AUGGAUCACACAGCUCUUGCUUCAUUCCAAUUUGGAGAUCACUGGGACUUCUCCUUUGACAUGACUUCCAUCUCCAGCAACUAUGAUAUCAGGCUGGCACAGCUCCGGGUUCAUCUGCUGACCUUCUCUCAAACUAGAAAUAUCACUGUGCACAUUUAUCACAGCCACAACCACACGUGUUAUGGGAAUCAGACCUGCACAGAUAGGAUGUUCCUAGGUUCGUUUGUGAGUAGCCUCUCCCUCAACCAUUCACCCUGGAAAGUCUUCAACAUCACUGGCUUAUUACAUUUUUGGCUCCACCAAGGGCUGCCAUCAGGCAUUGAGAUUCCAGAAGUCCCACAGGAAGACUGGGAAGAGGGGAAUAUAUUUGAGGACAAUAGUAACCCAACAGCUGGUGCCUUCCAGGAUAAGCAUGUCCAUAAUAAUUCUAGAGAAGACAAGAAGCAUUUUGUCCACAAUGGGCCUGACAGAGCACUCCUGGUGAUCUUCUCCAAAGAUAAGGAACCCAUGGAGCCUUCUCAGGGUUCAAGUCUCAUUAAAACCGUAGAGAUGUCCAAGCAUGUUCUGUUUGACAACACGACUAAAGAAGCUGGAGGACGUCGCCAUCGUAGGAACAGGAAACAAAAACAAAGAAUUAAACUGAGCUCUCUCCAAUCCUCCAAAUGGGCGGAGGAAGGCAGAUUUCUAUGCAAAAGAGUCGAUAUGAUGGUGGAUUUUGAUAAGACUGGCUUUGGAAGCUGGAUUGUACAUCCCAAGAAGUACAACGCAUAUCGAUGUGAAGGAGAAUGUCCAUCACCUGUCGAUGAGACCUUCAAACCAACAAAUCAUGCUUAUGUUCAGAGCUUGCUGAAGGUAUACCAACCUAACCGAGUGCCUUGCCCAUCCUGUGCUCCAAUCAGGCUAAGUCCAUUGUCCAUGCUGUAUCACGAGAAAGGAAGAAUAAGGGUCCGUCACCAUGAAGACAUGGUAAUUGAAGAAUGCGGCUGCAACUGA